AUGCUUUAUCUUGCCGCGUUUGUCAGUGGUUUUCUGGGAGUGUCGGCCCUCCUAUCAAGGGAAGGAGGGGUAACGCCUGAUCCGCGGGCUCUACUCGAACAAGGUAUCGAGGCCCUCGGAGGAGCGGCCAACAUAGCACAAGUCCAUGGUGUCACAUACGCUGGCUCAAAGUCAUACCGGACGAAAACUUUGAUGCAGAGUUUUUCUCUAGACGGCGUUGACAGAGGCGUCUCGGUUCUAGGCACUCAGGACGUCUCGUUCUCAUUCGAUGGACCUCAGAUCAAGCAGCGUCUUCACGUGGAUCAUCAGCUCGAUGGGUUUUGGAGUGGCUUUUCGAGACCGAAUUUAGAUCACGUUGGCUUUACCAUCAUCGUUCAUGGAGGUGACGAUGGCUUUGCAGCCGUCACCGAGGGAAACAGAAACAUGUUUGAUCCCAGCGCAGGGCCUCAGGGAUACGUUGAUGGUGUGCUAGCAGCUUACUUGAUCAAAGAAGCAAACAAGAUGUCGCCUUUCCUGAUUUCUAAAAUUCUGGCCAACAAUAACUUUACCUACCGCGAGGAAGCGCUUUGGACUGGCGAGCGGCUACACGGCGUUUAUGACGGCAAUUUUGAUUUGACGGUGCUCUUCGAUCCCGAAACCAGCCUGCCAUACGCUAUUCGCUCGGCCGAAAACCACGACAUCUUUGGCCCGUCCACAAACGACCUGGUCGUGUACGAUUAUAUUGAAUCCAACGGCGUCAAGUUUCCGACUGGAUGGAAAACGUUUUACAAUGGCCGACACCUUCUCAUGACCAGCGGUGUCUCCCAAGUGCUCGUCAACCCCUCUUUCGCCACAGGAUUUUUCGAUGGCCCGAGUGACCUUUCGAGACUGGAGAAACCCAGAAAGAGCCCUCAGCAAGACUUCUCUGAAGUUGGCGAGAGGAGCGGUGUCUACAUCUGGCUAGGUCCGUUCGCAAUGACGGCAGCAAACAUCUCUGCUAGUCAGCCGCUGCCGGAGCUUCCAGGUCUGUGGUAUUUGCAGGUCGGAAAUGCCCGCCCGACCUACAGACAGGUGGUUCUCGUACUCGAAGAUUCCGUCAUUGUUAUGGACAGUCCGCCGCAUCAGAGUCUGUUGGUACUGGAAUGGAUAGAACAGACGAUCGGGAGGAAGGUCACUCACGUUUGGCCCACCCACCAUCAUCAUGAUCACUCAUCAGGCUUGAAGGAUUACGUGAAUGCCGGAGCGAAAGUGAUAGUUCCAGUUGAAGCCAAGCCCUACUACUCCGCUAUCCCUGGCAUAGAGUUCCUCACAUUCACGACCGACGAACCAUUUGCAUUGAAUGGCGACAAGAUACAGAUUAGGUUCAUGCAUAUGAAAGCAUCGAUGCAUUCAUUUGACCACACAUAUGCCGUCAUUUUCCCAUCUCAGCCCAUGCCGAACAGCACCAUGGCCGUCUUUGACGCAGAUCACGGACGGAAUGAGACUGAAACGAUCCCGGUACCUGCUGAUGACGUCUUAAUGACUGAGCUUGUAAAAGCCCUGGUCGACGAUCGAGUGGCCAGCCACGCAACACUCAUUUCAGCACACGUGCCUAUUAUGCCGGUUGCUGCCCUGUUUCGAAGAACCAAGAUCCGUUCUAACAACUAUUCAACCUUAGACUUUAAGUAUAUUUAG